UCGUUCGUUGCUACAUUUUUGGGGGUUCGCUGGCACCAGAACCGCUGGCACAUGGCUAGAAUGUACUAACGUUCGCUGAGGACCAGAUCGAACGCGGUGGUGAGAAAUAGUGUGUGGCGGUGUCCUCGCAGGCUGAGUGGGGGGAUUCAAUCAGAGGAAAAAAAAUCCGAUUAGUCAGACCGAUUGCAGCAGUUCGAACCAGGGAUCAGUGUGGCUUCCUUGACCAUUGCAAAGCAAAAGCUGGGUUGGGUCACGGUUGUGAGUGCGUGUGUGCAUGUGUGUGUGUGAUUGUGUUUGCAAUUUCCUGAAGAAAGUAUCAGCAAACAGGCGCUCUCGUCUUGCUGUACAGUGGCUGUAAAGUGAGCGGAAGCAGCAACGGCAGCAGUUCAACUCCAACACACAGGCCGACGCUAAGCAAGUGACCGUGGCGUCAUCCGGCGACAGUGGCGCUGCACCAGCGGGCGAACAAUCGAACGCCCUGCUCUCCAAACUAGGCAGCUCGCUGUUCGGGGCCACCGGCUCGCCCCAGAAGGUGGUCACCAACAUCCGUGGAUUCCUUUCGAACCGGCUGACCAGCGUAUCGAUCCCCGACACAGGUUGCCGCCAUCUUGGACAUCGACUGUAUCCCCCCGCGUCUUAAGCCACCCGUCGUCUUCUUAACCAAUCCCCUGCGCUUGUUGUAUGCGUGCGUGUGUGUGGCCGCGUUGGUGUGUAGGUGUGUGAAUGAGACGGAUAAAGGGAUAGAGUGGUGUACAGUGAGAUCUAAUCUCCAAUUGCCCAGUAUGAUCUAGAUAAGGUCAGUACGAAAUAAGGCACCCUCAUCACACGCGACAUGCUCCAGCAGGUGUGUGAUCUACAUCAGCUCAACCAAGCAGCUGUCCGUUUGAAGCUGACAUCGAUCAGCAGUGCCUAAGACACACAAUCACACACACCCACACACAAGUUACUAGAAUCGAACAGGCUGAGGGGGGGGGAUACCAUCAGAGACGUCGGAGAGCAGAAGUUCGUCGUAGGCAGACCGCAAGCAGCCCAGGUCCAAACCUUCGACAGUACACUACUUCGAGCAAGCGGAGCGACCGUAAGCAGAAGCAGCAACCAUGGCGCCGCUACCCGUAAUUAAUCUCGAGCCGAGCGAGGUGAAGGAGAUCUUCUGGACCAAAGUGAAGGAACCACAGUCGCAGCGCAAGCUGAUUCUCGUGAUCGUGUCCAUCGCACUGCUGCUGGACAACAUGCUGUACAUGGUGAUCGUGCCGAUCAUACCGGACUACCUUCGGUACAUCGGGACCUGGGGGCCGGAGGAACCGUACAACAUGAGCGCCCCCACCACCGUCUUCACACCGCACACACAUGCCCACCACGGGCAGGAUUCGGCCACCGGCAUUCUGUUUGCCUCGAAAGCCAUCGUGCAGCUGAUGGUGAAUCCGUUCUCGGGCGCACUCAUCGAUCGGAUCGGGUACGAUCUGCCCAUGAUGGUGGGCCUCAUCAUCAUGUUCCUCUCCACGAUGGUGUUUGCCUGCGGGCGCAGCUACAGUAUGCUGUUCUUUGCCCGCUCGCUGCAGGGCGUUGGAUCGGCCUUUGCCGACACUUCCGGGCUGGCCAUGAUUGCCGACCGGUUUACGGAGGAAUCCGAACGUACCAAAGCGCUCGGCAUUGCACUGGCCUUCAUUAGCUUCGGUUGUCUAGUGGCGCCCCCGUUCGGUGGUGCUUUGUACCAGUUUGCCGGGAAGGAGGUACCGUUCGUUAUUCUCGCGCUAAUCUCACUGAUGGACGGGUUCAUGCUGCUGCUGGUGAUGAAACCGAUCAAGGAGCAGCUGGCAGAUCGGCAUGAAGUGAAACCACCGUCCGUACCGAUCUGGAAGCUGCUGAUGGAUCCGUACAUUGCCGUCUGUGCCGGUGCACUGAUGAUGUCUAACGUGGCGCUCGCCUUCCUCGAACCAACCAUAUCGCUCUGGAUGGAGGACAAUUUGACGACGGACAACUGGAAGAUCGGUAUGGUGUGGUUGCCGGCUUUCUUCCCGCACGUGUUCGGUGUGAUCAUCACCGUCAAGAUGGCGAAGCAGUAUCCGGAAAAGCAGUGGCUAAUGGCCGCCGGAGGGCUCGCACUGGAAGGACUCUGCUGUUUCAUCAUUCCGUUCAGUUCGUCCUACAUCAUGCUGAUGAUUCCGAUUUGUGGAAUCUGUUUCGGCAUUGCGCUAAUCGACACGGCACUGCUACCCACGCUGGGCUACCUGGUGGACAUACGGUACGUGUCAGUGUACGGCAGUAUCUACGCCAUCGCCGACAUCUCGUACUCGCUGGCGUACGCUGUGGGUCCGAUCAUUGCCGGCGGUGUGGUGGAAGCGAUCGGCUUCACCGCGCUCAACUUCCUAAUAGCGUUCUCGAACCUGUUGUACGCUCCGGUCAUGUCGUACCUGCGCAAUAUCUACGACUUUAAGCACUUUGAAAACGAAGCUAACGUACUGAUGGGUGAUCCACCGACGAAGGAAUACCAGACGUACACCAUGCACGAUCAGCAGAUGGUUGGCGAGGAGUACAAGAACCAUCUGGAGUAUGGACGGCAAACGGAUGAUGGGAACUAUCAGCAGGAGACCAACAUCGACCAAGGGUACUCGCAGAACGGUAGCUAUCAGCAGCAACAGCAGGGUGGCUAUCAAAACUACCAGCCCGGAUAUCAGGAGCAGGGAGGCAGCGUCUAUCAGCAGCAGCAGCAGCAAGCCCCACGACAUCUUCCACAGCAACCCCAGCAGGUUGCCAAUCCUUUCCGACACGGGGAAUCUUCCGGACAGCAGCAGCAGCAGCAGCAACAGCAGCAGCAACAACAGGCCCCAUCUCAAUCCCGGGUGUCGAAUCCUUUCCGGCAAGGCUUCUAAAGUAACACUGUCUACGAUUUCUUCGGAACGCUUGAUCGUAGCACACCGGUCGGCGAUCAUCUGCGCCUUCUAGUGCUAUCGACUGGGUUAACUGUUGUUAUGCUUCGCUUACUACGUUAGAGAGGCUCUAGUUAGAGAACUCAAAAAAUGAGGUCACAUCCGGGUGGCUGACAAAGGACUACUAGGGCAAGGUAUCAAGCUGCUGCUGACAAACGACGGACGAACUGACGGCUAAAAUCUAGAAAUCUAGCAUAAGGGAACCGUUCCUGGGGGGGGUUGACGCUCGUCGGUCAGUUCAUGUCGCCGGGAUCAUGCCGGGAGGUUCGUUCGAAUUGCAUCAAUAUCGUAGACAUAUCAAACCCAAGCGUAACGUUCUAUUCGGGUGCAAGGAGACGAACUUCCCAGACCCUGCGCGGCAUGGAAUGGCUAGCGCGCUCGUCGCUCCGGGAACACUUGAGUUGUUUACAAACCACUUCAGUUCAACCAUUUUCACUAACGUAAGACACAACCAAGGUAACGACACAUAUCAGAGCUUCAUGCUCGCCUGAAUUUACCAAAAAGUGAUAUUAUAUAGUGGAAGAGUUAUUAUAUCCAUCGUAGAUUUAAGCGAUCCCACGUCACCUCAAUUCAAAUGUGGCUUUUCGCGUCCGAGUGGUCCGAGCCUUCUCGACCGAGAGAGAGAGAGCGCGCAAAAGCCCAGGAGGGACAUACGGGAUUCGACACAGUCUCUCGAUAUAUACUAGGCGCGUAAGCUAUCUAGAUUAAGGACACUAAGCACUCUACGCUACUAUUUUUUCCCUCUCUCUCUCUCUCACUCUCGCAGUCACUAUCCAGUACUCUACCUACUCUAUCGCACGUACGAAAUGUUGUACAAUAUAUUUUCUUUCUCCUGUACAUCGCGUUAAAAGUACACUCAUCAAUGAACAAAUACAUUGUUGCGUUGCGUUACGGUCUACGAGGAUAGGUAGAUGGAAGAUGGUACAGACCGCUCGGCUAUAUGGUCGGGAUACUCCAGAACCUUGCCAUGUUGUCGGUGUGGUGUGUUCUAUCUACGAAACAAUCCUACCUCUGGCCGAAAGUCUCUAAUGGUAUCAAUUAAACUAGUUUACAGUUCGUUCGCACCGGAUAAAAGGAUGCAACAAGGAUGUGGCAAUGUGUGCACCCUCACACACGCCACAACCCGAACUGCUCUGUAACAUGUAAAACGGGAAAGCGAAACAAGGAAACUACUAUCUUACUCACGCGUAACUACUACGGUAUAACAUUUACACAACCUAGCGGCGAAGGGGCAUCACCUGACGGAGGCCGUGCCACGCCUUCAGCAAGAUGUAUUAACGUAUUCAUAUUUAACUGCAUACACGCGCAUCAGGCACAUGUGUACAUUUUAUUAUCCUUGCCAGCUGAACAGCACCCACACACACACACACACACAAAGUCGAUUAGAGAAUUUGGAUGUAUUAUACACCGAUGUCAUCUGCUUUACAUCGUGCGUUCUCCGAUUAGUCUGAGGCACAUAUAUUUAUGACAAUUAUCAAUAUCACAAUCAUAUCAGACCGAUCAGCGUGUAUAGCCUUGAUCGUAAACGAAUGCAAUUGUACCGAAGCGAGUUUUAGGCGAGCGACAACAGGCGGACACAUUACGGCAAAACGAUAAACUUUAUCCUGUAAGACUGGCAAGCUGCAAGAGGACAAACCCUUCGCUUAUUGAACAGAGUAUGCUUUAUCGAAACAGUAUCUUGCAAGAAAGUAUUUUCAUUUCCUAGCGCUAUCCAAUCAAUGUCUGCAGUGUAUGAGGUAUGGCGGAGAUACAUAUAUCGGAUGGAAUAUCUUGUGUUCUUAAAAUAUCUGGAUUAAACACUGCAACAUACCGUACUAUAAGUUGCGAGCAUUAUUUGUCGCCUGUUCACUGUAUCGAUGCGCUGUAAGCUUCUUAGCGAUCGAGGGUCGAUCAAGAGAAGAGUCCUAUCAGGUAGUACUCAACGCAGAACUGCAAUGAGAAUGAAACGAGAAAGCGAUCUAAAUUUGUUUGUAUAUAUUAAAACCGGGUGCCAUUUUCCGUACGGUGGAGCUGCACGGCUCCUCCGACGGUUAGUCGGUUUCCCCGGGACUCACACUAAUCAACACAAUUAAUGCUAGUUUUUUAAGUACAUCAGGAUGGUGUUUGAUGGCGUGUUGAACACACGAAAAAUUGGACGUCACGAGAGAGAAAUAAAAAGCAAAACAUGUAUGCUAGAAAAACCGAAGAAGCGAGACUCAUCGGCGGGCGUAUCUACGGGGUCAGAGUUCGAUCAGAUCAGAUUAGUAUACUCUGUGCGUGUGAGACUCGUGCAUGAGUGCUCAUGUAUUAUAGUAGACCGUACCACGGAGAUUUGGAAGGGACACUAGGUACGUUAAAUGUAGAUUACUCAAUCUCUCGAGUUCUGUUAUCGGCGUUACUUAGCUCCAAAUGUUAUCGAAUUUAAGUAUACACAGGAAGGUUUUUCCCAGCCCGAACCCCGCAAGGAAACGUCCCGAGGACGACUACCGGCUUCUUCACCAACACUAUCCCCAACGCGUCUGUAUCAUAUCGUAAAGCGCACAAAGUCAUUCACAUAUCUGCUCACGACAUUCUUCUCCUUUCUGAUCUUGCAUCUCGGGACGUUUCACAUGGCGGUCCCUUCUCAGCGGUACCCCAUCCGCCAGCUAUGCAACACUAGAUAGAAGGAAAUUCAAAAUUUAAAACCUGUAGCUCUUACUGUAGGGAGAAACGUUCACGAAUUAGCAACGUAAGUACCGAGCUACCGAGCACACUAUUUCGAUUUCGGCGUGUUAGGAACAUUAGAAGAACAACAAAAAAAGCAAUAUAAACACCCCCACAGGAACGAGAGGGAUCGCAUUGUUUUAUCCAAAAGUUGAACAUUAAGUUGUAAACGUAGAUGGUGAGAAGCGCUGGCGAGAGCGAGGCAAACGAAUAACCUAUAACUAACCUGUGCCUAGCUACAUUUAUCAAACAUGUUCAAACAAACAAACGAUUCGGUGGAGAAAACACGUUUUCAAUCGUUAAAACGGCUCUGUUUUUGACUUAAAUCUCUUUUGUUUAACGAGAAAAGAAAAAUCUUUCCCAAUGAUUUUUUUUAGAUUUUCCCCAACAAAAAAAGCUAAUGUUAAUGUAAUGGAAAAAAAAACAAAACUCCCCAACAUUUACUCCAUCGCUUUCCGAAUCGAAGCUAGCAAGAGUCAGAUGUUACAAAAAAGCAAACUACGGCUCAUGAAUGUUCUUCAACUUUCGAAUCGUUACCACAAAACAAAUCCUCCUAACCUUCCGAGUUCUAUCUCCUGUCAAACGUGUUUUAGUGGCUAAGUAAAUCCAUAUUGUUGAAUGUGUAGUAUUAUUGGAGCAUAAGCAAGGCGCGGGAGUAUAAAGCAGAGGUAUAGAACAGUAACAAAAUAACGCAAACACACACACACACAAAAAUAAAACACCGAAGCGAACCGGUGUCGCGAAAGUAUUAUAAAUACAUUUACAACAAACACACACACACACACACACAC